AAGGCGAGAAGCGCGACUCUUCUGGGCAGGAGGGCAGGCGCCUUGGCGACCGGAGAGCCCGGCUGGGGGGCCUCUGCCUCUCCCUCGCCUGCUCUGCGCCCCCCUCCCGCCGCGCCGCCUCCUUCUUCUCCCGAGCAGCCCCCCGCCAUGCAGGCUCGCUACUCCGUCUCGGACCCCAACGCCCUGGGGGUGGUGCCCUACCUCAGCGAGCAGAACUACUACCGCGCGGCCGGCACCUACGGCAGCAUGGCCGGCUCCAUGGGGGUCUACUCGGGCCACCCGGAGCAGUACGCGGCGGCGGCGGCCGCGGCGGCGGCGGCGGGCAUGGGCCGCUCCUACGGGCCCUACCACCCGCACCAGCCCACGGCCCCCAAGGACCUGGUGAAGCCGCCCUACAGCUACAUCGCGCUGAUCACCAUGGCCAUCCAGAACGCGCCAGAGAAGAAGAUCACCCUGAACGGGAUCUACCAGUUCAUCAUGGACCGCUUCCCCUUCUACCGGGAGAACAAGCAGGGCUGGCAGAACUCCAUCCGCCACAACCUCUCGCUCAACGAGUGCUUCGUCAAGGUGCCCCGCGACGACAAGAAGCCCGGCAAGGGCAGCUACUGGACGCUCGACCCGGACUCCUACAACAUGUUCGAGAACGGCUCCUUCCUGCGCCGGCGACGGCGCUUCAAGAAGAAGGACGUCUCCAAGGAGAAAGAGGAGGCGCUGCGCGGGGACCACCGGCACCUCAAGGAGCCCCCCAAGGCGCCCGACGCCGCCAAGGAAGCCGCCUCCGCCGCCGCCUCCUCCUCUUCCUCGACGGCGUCCGCCCCCUCGGAGAAGAAGGUGGUCAUCAAGAGCGAGGCCUCCUCACCGGACCUGCCCAUCAUCACCAAGGUGGAGACCCUCAGCCCGGAGAGCGGCGGCGCCCUGCAGGACAGCCCGCGGAGCGUGGCCUCGACGCCGUCGGUCUCCACCGAGAGCUCGCUGCCCGGUGACCCCCACCACCCGGGCGCCCCCAACGGGCUGUCGGGCUUCAGCGUGGAGAACAUCAUGACCUUGCGGACUUCGCCGCCGGGCGAGCUCAGCCCCGGGGGGGCCCGGGCCGCCGGGAUGGUGGCCUCGCUGCCCCUCGGGUACAGCCAGGCCCAGCCGCCGCCCUCCGUCUACAGCCAGGCCUGCAGCCAGGGGGGCUUGGGGGAGGCGGCGGGGAGUUACCAGUGCAGCAUGCGCGCCAUGAGCCUCUACACGGGCGAGAGGAGCGCCCACAUGUGCGUGCCCAGCACCCUGGACGAGGCGGCCUCCAUCUCCGACCACCACCACCAUCACCAGCAACAGCAGCAGCAGCAAGCCAACGGGACCUCCUCGCCCCUCUCCACCUCCAUGAACCUGGCCCCGUCGGGGGGGCAGCAGCAGCAGCAGCAGCAGCAGCAGGAGGGCGCCCUGACGCCCAAUCACCACCACCAUCACCACCACCACCACCACCCUCCCCCUCCUCUUCCUCACCACCAAAGCGGCGGGCAAGCCACGGCCGCCUCGUGGUACCUGAACCACAGCUCGGAGCUCAACCACCACCUCUCGGGCCACGCCUUCGGGUCCCAGCCCCAAAGUUUCCCCAACGUGCGGGACAUGUUCAACUCCCACCGGCUGGGGAUAGAGACCUCGACGGCCUUGAGCGAUCCACAGGUGAGCACCAAUCCCAGCUGUCAGAUCCCCUAUAGAUCCGCGCCCUCCAUAUACCGCCACACCACCCCUUAUUCCUAUGACUGCACUAAGUAUUAACCUGGUCCUGUUUACACGAUCACACACACACGCGCGCGAGCGAGUCAGGGGCGUUUAAACCAAACAGUUGGCUCCAGAGAACACUUUGCAGACGGCUUGGGAGGAUUUUUUUCUUUUCUUUUUUUUCUUUUGCUUUAACCGCCUCUUUAAAACAAAAACCCUGGGUAGAUUUAUCCUCAAAGAGUCAAUAGAGUUUUACGGACAGAAAAAGAAUGUUAUGUCACAGUUCUUCUGCCAGCUCGACCUGAAACGCACACAAAGGAGGCGUCUUUUGAACUAAGGAAAAAUAGAUCAGUCUCAGACAGUGGCAAAAGUCUAAAUGCUAAA